AUGAAUAAAAUCGGUCUUUUGCACAUUCUCACCGUCUUUGCCCUCCUUGACAUCCAUACCAUUGCUAGCUUAAAAUGCAGGUUGCAACCUCGUUCAAUUCAGUCAAAGAUUGCAAGGGAAUCCGGCACAUCACAAGCCCCUGAAAUCACGCAGGAUGCGGGAGAUUUUGUAACCACUGAAAUCAAGGAAUUAUCAAUGGAAGAAGGCCUUCUCCCUAGGAAAACACCCCGUGUUACUCAAGCCAGACCAGAUUUGGAAAUCUUUCAAGACCGAGCUUCUGGCUCCACACAAGACCGACCUUCUGGUUUCCCUUAUGGAAAAGUUCCUAGUGAUGUGUCAAGCCAUCAAAGGCCUGCUACCCAGUUUGGAAUCAUGAUGCCAGAGGAAGCUUUUGCGCACACCUUGGAGAUGGCUGCGUUGAAGAAUGAAGGAAAGGGAAAGCAGGACAGGAUCUCGGAAGCACUCGAGAUCCUGGUCUUCGAGUUGAAAUCUGCGAUGAUUCACUCCUCGGUGGAACAAAGUCUUGACGACCUCCAACAUGCCCUAAUGGCGCAAGUCGCUAAGUCUAGCGCACCGGGACGGGUGUGGGUCGAUAUACUCAAACAGGUAGAACCUCAACUACCGGUUCACAUCAAAUCGCAUCCGGGAAGUGGGGUGAGAGAAUUUUCAAAUGCUGUGUUGGCUCAUAAAGAAAGGGUCCAAAACUUCGUCCCUGCGCCUUUCCAUGAAUCGAUCGGCGAAGUAGCUCUCGAAAACAAUACCUCCCUGAUGCGUCAACUUGCCGGACUGAUGAUUGAGAUGAAGAAACGCGAGAAGCUUAUUCGUGAAUCCGAAGACUUGAAGAAGACCAAGAAACCCCAGAUGGACCAAAAUGUUUACAGCACGGAAGAGACGACUGAGGUCUCAGGGGGAAUCAAAAGGCCUGAAAUCACUUCAGAUGAUAGCGAAAAGAUGGAGCAAGUGGCUUCGGAUGUCAUUGCACCUGCCAAACUAGUCGAGACUAAGAAACCCCCAAGCGACCAAUAUCCUUAUAACACGGAAGAGACACCUGUAAUCUCAGGGGAAAUCAAAAGGCCUGAAAUAACUUUUGAUGAAGGCAAAAAGAUGGAACAAAUGGCUUCGGGUGUCAUUGCACCUGCCCAACUAGUCGCUUGGUUGAAAAUGGCUGUUAGUUUACCGGAGGGUCCACCAGGAAAUCACAAGGAAAUUUACCAGGGGAUAGCGAUGUCCCUAGCUGCAGUCUACAAGAGUUCUUCAGAUAAUGUGGCAACCAGGUCCUUGGAUUUAAACCAUCAUCCCAAUAAGCCACAAAACAUGCUGCACCAACCAUCAACAUCCGAAGGAAUUUCAGACGAAACAGGCAAUACACCUGUAGAAUUGCACCACGAAAAUGCACUCAGGCUCUCUGUAGAAGCUUUCACUUAUCUGACCGACACAUCAAAACAAAAACAGAUAUUGGAGGAGGUGGAGACUAUCUUGAACAGUCCUCUUGGCAGCGGAAUCAACCCCAACUCGAGUUACCAUCCAGAGUUGAAGAGAUUUCUGGAUGAUCUCAAAGCUCCUCUUAGCAUGGAAGCUGACAAUGAACUCGAUGACCCUGAAAAGUUAACAGCCAAAUAUUCUUUGGCAGAUACCAAAAAAGUGAAAGAUGUAUGA